CCCCGCGCUUCGCCAUUGCUGUCACUUUUCCCAAACAAUAGACUUUGUCGAUUUUGUAGUGCGUGUUUUGGGGGCGUUUUCCCCAGUUUUAUUAGCCGUUUGUGAUAGAUUCCCUCAAGAUAGUGUUCUAUGAGCAAUUGGAGAGCAUUUGCUAAUCGUAGUUUGUAGAAUCCACAAGCGGAAAAGGUGUAAAAUGCUGCCAAAACGCAAUCGUGUUACGCCUGAAGAGUCUGAUGAUGAACUCAUUGCAGACGAUGAAGCCUCUGUGAAUCCUGUGGAACUAAAUACGCAGAUUCCCGUGUUCAUGCGUCGCGAGAGACCGCCAGCAAAGUCCAUCUAUGAAAGUCUCGACUACGAGGUGAUCGAGAAUGAGCUCUACAAGGAGGAUCGACAGAAGAGACCACCGAACUUCGAGCUGUGGAAGGAUUUCUUCCGAUGGCUCAUCUUCAUCUCCAUUGGCAUCUCUACGGCCCUCGUAGCAUGUCUCAUCAACAUCCUUAUCGACCAAUUCUCGGAUCUCAAGUACAAUUUUCUGAAGCAUUCUGUCGACAGCAACGUGAUGAAUGGUGAUUUAUCGCUGCCCUACAUCUACUGGAUGAUCACUAACAUGAUUCCCGUGCUCAUCGGCUCAAUUCUCGUGACUUACGUGGAACCUGUGGCGGCGGGCAGUGGAAUUCCGCAGGUGAAGUGCUAUCUGAAUGGGAUAAAGAUCCCGCGGCUUAUCAGGAUCAAGACGCUGGCCGUGAAGGUCGUGGGCGUGGCGACGUCAGUGAUAGGAGGAUUGGCGGGAGGCAAGGAAGGUCCCAUGAUCCACUCUGGAGCCAUAAUAGCUGCGGGAAUAUCUCAAGGCAAGAGCACGACGUUCAACAUGGAUUUCGGUGUGCUGCGCUACUUCAGAGACGACCACGAGAAGAGGGACUUUGUCGUGGGCGGAGCAGCUGCAGGAGUUGCAGCAGCUUUCGGGGCACCAAUCGGCGGGGUGAUUUUCUCGCUGGAGGAAGUGGCGAGUUUCUGGAACCAGAGUCUCAUCUGGCGUACAAUGGUGGCGUCGGUAAUCAGCUCCUUCACCCUCAACAUCGUCCUGUCCACGUACUACGGCUUGUCGGGAUUGGUGUAUCCUGGUCUCUUCAACUUGGGCAAGUUUGAGCCGCUACCCUUCACAUACUUCGAGUUGCCCAUCUUCGUGCUCAUGGGCGCUAUGGGCGGCCUCCUGGGGGCGCUCUGGAACUUCGUCAACAUCAAGCUAAACAUCUUCCGUGGGAGAUUCGUGAAGAAGAAGUGGGGCAAAGUACUAGACGCGCUUCUCAUUGCCGCCGUGAGUGCGACUCUCGGCUCAAUUCUCAUGUUCAGCAUCAACGAUUGCAAGCCUCUGGGCAAUGAUCCCAUCAAAUAUCCCGUGCAGCUCUUCUGCGAGGACAACGAGUACAACGCCGUAGCGGCUCUCUGGUUCCAAACCCCAGAAGCCAGUGUGAAGAGUCUGUUCCACGAUCCGCCGGGAUCUCACAAAAUCCUCUCGCUAGCGCUCUUCGUCCUGGUCUACUACCCACUCUCGUGCUUCACAUUUGGCCUCAAUGUGUCGCUCGGAAUCUUCAUUCCCACACUCCUAGUCGGAGCGGCCUGGGGAAGACUGACGGGCAUGACAAUCUCCGCUAUUUUCCCCACUGUGGAUCUCCAUCCAGGGAAAUACGCUCUCAUCGGCGCGGCUUCGCAACUCGGAGGCGUUCUGAGGAUGACCAUCAGUCUCAGCGUGAUCCUCAUUGAGUCCACAGGCAACAUUUCCUUCGCCUUUCCACUCAUUGUGACUCUGAUCACGGCCAAGUGGGUGGGAGAUUACUUCAACGAAGGCAUUUACGAUACCCAAAUCUCCGUGUGGCGCGUCCCGAUGCUUCCCUGGUCACUGAAUCCUCUCUACCAGAAUCUCAACUCUUACGACAUCAUGAACACGCCUGUGGUGUCGAUAAGAUUGAGGGAGAAGGCAAAGGACAUCUACCAAAUGCUGACGAAUUGCUCCUUCAACGGAUUUCCUGUGGUUGAUGAACGUGGCUGUCUCAGGGGAUUGAUCCUGAGGUGGCAACUCGUGGUGAUCCUCAUGAAGAGUCUCUACGAUGAGAAGAAACGAUUCUGGGAGGAGGAAGUGUCAAUUGAAACGUUUAGGAAUGAGUAUCCACGAUAUCCUUCCAUCGAGCAAGUGAGGCUGUCUUUGGACAAGACAGAUUACACAGUGGAUCUCAAGAUGUUCAUGAAACCAUCACCGCAUUCUGUGACCAAAGACACUUCGGUGCCAAGGAUUUUCCAACUCUUCCGCGCCCUGGGACUUCGCCACUUGCCGGUUGUGAAUGUGAACAAUGAAGUUGUGGGCAUUAUCACGCGAAAAGACUUUCUCAAGAUUCACAAUCACUAAUGUAGAAAGAUCGGCGAUUGGUGAGUCAUGUGUAGUUAUUUUUGCUAAAAUAUUCUAUAGAAAGUAUUUUUAAACAAC